AUGCAGCUUUAUCCGCUUCCCGAAUACGGCUAUAGAAUUUUCAUUCUCCUUGCUGCCAUCAAUUACGCUGUUUUCGCUUAUUUGUACGAGACAAUGGUCAUCGAACAUCUCAUUCUCACUGUUCGCGAAAGGUGGCUGAAGAAGCACUGCUAUGAAACAGAUGCAUAUUCACUGAAUGAGCACGAGAAGAUAUUACUUUCCAUAAGCAGCAGUCCAGCAUGGCUUUCGAGCGCUGCCGAAGCGUCGAUUCAAAGUUUCGAAUUGUAUCCUGUCUCAUGUACACCAGAAUGUGCAGAAAACGGGAUACCUGUCCUGGAACAAAGCGCAGGCGAACUACCACUGUCUUAA